AAGUGUCCGGACUGGAAGGGGGGGAAAGUGUCCGGACUGGAAGGGGGGGAAAGUGUCCGGACUGGAAGGGGGGUGAAAGUGUCCGGACUGGAAGGGGGUGAAAGUGUCCGGACUGGAAGGGGGAGAAAGUGUCUGGACUGGAAGGGGGUGAAAGUGUCCGGACUGGAAGGGGGUGAAAGUGUCCGGACUGGAAGGGGGUGAAAGUGUCCAGUCUGGAAGGGGGUGAAAGUGUCCGGACUGGAAGGGGGGGAAAGUGUCCGGACUGGAAGGG